AUGUUGAAGAUAUGGUCCAUGAAAAAGGAGCAGAAGCUGGCGGAGAAUGCAGAGGGCCAAGCUGGCGGAGGAAAGAAGAAGAAGGUGACGGCCGCGCAGUUGAGAGUUCAAAAGGAUUUAUCCGAGCUGUCUCUUGGUUCAACGAUGAGAACCGAGUUUCCCGACCCAGACGACAUUCUCAACUUUGUCUUGACCAUCGAGCCUGACGAGGGUAUGUACCGGGGCGGCCGAUUUACGUUCGACUUUGCGAUCAAUCAGAACUUUCCGCACGAGCCUCCGAAAGUAAGGUGCAGGGAGAAGAUUUAUCACCCGAAUAUUGAUUUGGAGGGGAAGGUGUGCCUGAACAUUUUGAGGGAGGACUGGAAGCCGGUUUUGAAUUUGAAUGCGGUCAUAGUGGGAUUGCAGUUUUUGUUCUUGGAACCCAACGCAUCAGACCCUUUGAACAAGGAAGCUGCUGAGGAUUUGCGGAGUAACAGAGAGGCAUUCAAGCGCAACGUUCGAACGUCCAUGGGCGGAGGAAGCAUUAAGGGCACGCCAUACGAUCGGGUACUCAAAUGA